AUGUUGUUUAGCCCUACAGUUGUCUUCGUUGGUGCCCUGUCUGUGGUCUUCUUGGUCGUGCGCUACUUCGCACAGUUACACCACCACCGUAAACAGUCCAAAGCCCUACACUGCAAGCCUCCCCGCUCGGGCUCCUCAGGUUUCUUCGGUAUUCCAGGUUUUAUUCGAUUAAGCAAGGCUGUCCGCGAAAAGCGCUGGAUCGAUCAUCUCUACAACGAAUAUGCUGUCCAUGGAAAUACCUACAAACAGACAUUCCUUUCUCGCAAUAUAAUAACUACCAUUGAGCCUGAAAAUAUCAAGGCAGUUCUCGCAACCCAAUUCAAAGAUUUUUCUCUUGGAACAAGACACCAACAAUUCUACCCACUUUUGGGCGACGGUAUUUUCACCCUUGAUGGUGCAGGGUGGUCUCAUGCGCGCGGACUAUUGCGCCCACAGUUCACCAGGGACCAGGUCGCCGAUCUUUCCAUGCUGGAUGACCAUAUCUCCAACUUGAUCGACCUAAUCCCCAAGGACAGGAGUAGUUUCGACAUCCAGCGCUUGUUUUUCCUACUGACCCUAGACUCGGCAACGCAUUUCCUAUUCGGGGAAUCGGUCGGGUGCAUGCUCCCCCCUUCAGGAAAGACAGGCGUGCUAGAAAAAUGCGGCGUCGGUAGCGCACAAGGUUUCGCUAAUGCCUUCGGAACCGCUCAGGAUUAUCUCGCUGCGCGGAGUCGUGCCCAGGGCAUGUACUGGGUUGUCAAUCCAAAGGAAUUCCGCGACGCAAGCCGGCAGGUACACGAAGUCGUCGAUCAUUAUGUUAAUCUCGCUCUGGAGUCGAAACGUCAUCCGGAGAAGAAAAACCUCGACGGUCGGUAUAUAUUCCUCGAGGCCCUGGCAGCCGACACAGAAGACCCCAAGGUUCUACGCGAUAACAUGCUUAAUAUUCUAUUAGCUGGCCGUGAUACCACGGCCAGUCUACUGAGCUCGACGUUCUUCUACCUUUCUCGUCACCCCAAUGUGUGGAAUCGGCUGCGCCGUGAGAUCGUGGAAAUUUUCGGAGACGCGAAGAACCCGCGGUCGGAAAUGACUCAAACAAGGCUGAAGGCCAUCCCGUAUCUGCGAUAUGUGUUGAAUGAAGUCCUUCGUCUUCAGCCUCCUGUACCUAUCAAUUUCCGCGUUGCAACCAAAGACACAUCCCUACCAGUCGGUGGUGGUGCGGACUACCAGUCCCCGGUCUAUAUCAAGAAGGGCACCAUGGUUGCCUACAGCGUCUACGCUAUGCACCGUCGGACGGAUCUAUGGGGUAAGGACGCGACUUCCUUCCGGCCUGAGCGCUGGGAGGAAAAUGCUAAACAUGGAUGGGAAUACCUGCCUUUCAAUGGUGGGCCGCGUAUCUGUCUUGGUCAACAAUACGCCCUCACUGAAGCGAGCUACACCGUCGUUCGUCUGAUGCAGCACUUCGAUACCCUCGAAAAUGCGGACCCCCAUCCUCGACAGGAGCCUAUUAAACUAUCUAAUCUGACGAUGUCGCAUGAUCUUGGCGUGUCCAUUCGUUUGUACUCCUCGGAUAAGAUUUAG